AUGGUCCAGCGGGCUGACGUUAUCAGGCUAUCUGCUCGACACUUCGCCAUUCCCAGUAAGGCUUAUGGCUAUGCAAAGAGAUAUGCGUAUCAACGCAAAUUUAAGAUUCUUCGCGUGCUUACGUACACGAGCCUCGUGAUGGGGUUUCUGUACCAGGCGUCGGACGUGGUGGCAAACUACCUCGGAUAUCCGACAACUAUCGACGUACGGGUCGAAGGAUCCGAACACAUCUCGGCACCUGUUGUCUCUCUGUGUUUGACCAACUGGGUGAGCAGGGAGAAACUAUGCGAAAGAUACGAAGAGAUGUGCAAUUAUACGGACACAGAGGCACAACGUCGUCGUGUGCUGGAGAUCAUCGACGGCGACGGCAAAGCGGGCGAACUAGCGAUGGACGCCGACGAGAUAUUACAGAUCUUGCUCGACAAUCCCGGCAUGUCCAUUUUUCCCAGCGGAUUCACCGAAGAGAACACGAUGCAGACGUUCUCCAGACUCCCCCAUUACAUGUGCUUUACGUUUAAUUGGAGAGGAAGCGCAGACAUGGAUAAUUUCCGAGAGGAUCCAAUAAUGUACGAGCUGAACGUGAUCGUGAUGUGGUUUCCAGACCGAAGUAUCGAGAUGGAUGAGUACGAGAUGGACAUGACAUUUCACCACAUCGACAGCCUCAGCGCUGCCACCAAACACAAGCUGUUUCUCAGACCCUCUGGAACUUUCGAAUACAACUUAGAGCAGGUGAUCCUCUUUAGAAUGUCAGUGGCCGAGCAGACCCUGCACAGCGGGACAAUGCUAAAGAGGCUGGAAUACCCAUUCGACACCAACUGCCAGGAUUACGAAAAGAUGGAUAAACUACCUCAUUAUCCAGCCUACUAUACGCAAGAGAUAUGCUUUGCGGAAUGCAAGCGCAACUUGAGUAAAGAAGAUUGUAAGUGCACAGCGAAGAAUUACCCGUUCAGGAAUUUUCUUGACGAACCCUGGUGUACUCAAGAACACGAAGAAUGUGUCGCAAGGCUUCGAGAAUCACACGAGAAAGUUUGCUGGACCAAAUGCAGACCACCGUGCAGCGAAGUGAAUUACGAGACGCGCCCUGUGAGAAUCGAAAGUAACGGCCUCACGUUGGAGGAAGGAUACUACUCGGUCUCCAUCAAGUACAGCAUGGCCUCCAGUACUGUGAGUGUACUGCACUACAUUGAAAAGUUACAGAUGACUCAGAUCCUGGCUCUUAUCGGUGGCUAUCUUGGCGUAUGGUUGGGGCUCUCCAUGUACAGCAUCUUCGGGAUCGUCAUCACAACCACCUUCGAUCACUUCAAGAAGAAACAAAAGUCCAAGUACAAAGCAGCUGAGUGA